CCGGGCGUACUUUAACCACCGCCGAUAGUGGCGAUCUCUUUCCAGCCGAGCUUUUCCUCUAGUAUUCACAGUGUAGGCCCAUGCUUUCCCGGCUCAAGCAUGACUUCGGCCCUGUCUCGAAAUCCGGAACGAGAUCGCCCCACGUCCUUAUUGACCAACCUGCUUAGACCUGUCAAAAUCUCUAGAAAGAAGGACAGGCCCCCACUUCCACUUUUCUUUCCCUCUGGUUCGGGUGAGGAUGUCCGAAAAAGCAAUGCGCCUGCUGUUACCCGACCGAGAGAGAAUGUUGGGCCACCGACAUUUUCUCCCUUUUCUCCCAUGACAUCCUCGAACGAGUAUGAUGAGCGUUCUCCGCUGUUACAAACGCAGUCAGCAAGUCAAGAGUCAACCUUAUUGCGAAGGGUGACGACUUAUGGAGGGUUGAAUGACGACUACGACCGGCUCUGCUCGUCUGCCGUACCCCUGGGUCCGAGUUUGAUGCCAUCGACUCCUGCAAGACUUUCACGCCCCCGAUCUAUCUCAGCCCCUGGCAAUUGGUCUGCCCCGUUAACAUCAUUGCGCAGCGCAGAUGGAAGCGACGAGGAGAUAGUACCCGUUUUCCUGACGCAUGCGAUGGAGGGGCCAGUUGAUUCUCGCCGAUCGUUGGCGUUGUCUCGUUCGACGCGCUUGAUGAGCGUCCCAAAACUAUUGAAUCGACGCCCAGUGAGUAUCGCGGGUGAUAGACGAAAGUCUACUAUUGAUUUGGAGGAAUCUUGUGCUCCUCGCCUCCCCCCGUGUCAAAUCGCAGAAUCACCCACGUCAUUGGAAUCAGCUUUCAUCACGGAGCUUUGUGGUGUUACACCUGAUGCCGAAAGUAUCUAUGAAUCAGAGUCAGAAGAGAGCGAUACCUCCUCGUCAAAGGAGGAGCACCGAGGGGCAGAUUGGUUGAAUAGGAGCAGACCGCAUGAGCUGGCGAGGGAACUACCGGGAGAGAGACCCUCGGCAUCCGAUGGCUCCGAACGCAAUCCUUUUUUGGUUGAACAAGGUCCAGAAAACGAGGUCCGACAGCAGCUGUAUAUGGAUUUUAGCGCACUGGAAGCGAAUCAUGCCGAGAGCUGUAGAUCUGGUGUGCUGAAUCCACUGGGUAGCACUGAACCAUUCGCUGAUCUCGUGUCCACAGAAGCACAAUGUGUCUUUUACUCGUCGUCGGUAGGAGGUGUUCGAGCGCGUAGCUUUCAGGAUUUUGCAGGCGAGACGGGUCACUGGUUAAGAGAUCGAGCGGCUGAAGGCACAUUCUGGAUAGACUUUCAUAAACCCUCGGAGCAUGAUUUAGAUCUUGCGUCCAAGGUCUUUUCGAUUCAUCCCCUGACGAUUGAAGAUAUCUGCAAUGGUGACAUUGAACGCGAAAAGUGCGAGGCGUACAACGACUACCUUUCCAUUACUGUUCGAAGCGUUGAUCUCUACGAUGAAGCUGGGACUGAUAUUGAAGCUGCCACGCUUUCGAUCCUCGUUUACCCCGAUUGCAUAUUGAGCUUUCAUAGCGAUCCUCUUCCUCAUAUUCCGGCUGUUAUUCAACGGCUGACCAAAAUCCAUAACCUAACUGAACGCAAAUUUAAGCAACAUUCGACAAAGUUCUUUCACUCUGCAUGGAUAUGUUAUUUGCUUAUCGAUGAAAUUCUCAACAGCAUCGGUCCACUCACGCGCCACCUGGAACGUGAAGCAGAUGACAUUGAGAAUCUCGUUCUCUACUCAUGGAAUGACGAAGGGAAGCUGGACCAUGAUACUGAUAUGUUGAGACGGAUUCAUGGAGCGCGGAAAAGGGCUAUAGCGUUGAUGAGAUUGAUGGGAGAUAAACCGCGGGUUCUCAAAGGAGUGGCAAAAAAGGGGAUGAAGUGGAAAGAAAAGCUGUUUGGCGAUGAAUUGGGGUUGUACUUUGAAAGUUUACAGGAUCGCACACUUGCUAUCCUGCAAGGCUUGCGACAUUUCGAUGAUAUGUUGACCAGAUGCCACUCUGAGUAUCUGGCUGAGAUCAACAUCUCGCUGACGGCUGCCUCUAAACGCACCAAUGAACUUAUGCGGAAAACCACCGCCGUCGUGACACUCCUGGUUCCUUUGGGAGUGUUAACAGGACUGAUGGGAAUGAAUGUCCGCAUUCCGGGUCAAGGCCGCGAAGAUUUGACGUUUUUCGGGAUCUAUGGAUUCAUCAUGUGCGGUCUCCUAGGUUGGAUGUAUCGUCUUGCGAUUAAAUGGCACUGGUUUUCCGAUACAGUUCCAGGAAAUGAGGAGCAAGCCAACGAUACGCGGGUCGAAGUGCGAUGGGAUGGGUAUCAGGCACUAUGACCCUCCCGAUGGUGUCAUAUUUGGUGCAAAUGCGGUGCAUAUGGGAUGUAGGAUAGGGCGUUCUGUAACUAAUUGUAAAUCUGGGGGUUUCGAGGGAUUGUAUAUUUGCUGCAACGUAAUUUAUAGUACACUGUCACUUGAACAAUCCAAGAUACAUCGAAAAGUAGUAGCUCAAGUCACAAAACGACAAUCAAAAAUGGGGGAGGAAUUUUUCGUCAGCAAGCUUUUU